AUGGGAACCGAGCCACCAAAUGCAGAGAAGAGCUCAUACCUCUAUUCAGCAGAGGCCACACUGUGGACCCUGGUGCCUGCUGUUCAUGCCUUGGAAAAGAAAGUUUCUCUGUCUGAUUCUUGCCUGGCCCACUUGCUGACUCUGGAGGGACGCUUAGGGACAGCGGAGAAGAAGCUGGCUGACUGUGAGAAGACAGCUGUGGAGUUCAGCAACCAGCUGGAGGGCAAGUGGGCCGUGCUGGGGAUCCUGCUGCAGGAAUAUGGGCUGCUGCAGCCUCGACUGGAAAACAUGGAGAACCUUGUGCGCAACUGGAACUUUUGGGUCCAGCAGCUUCUCCCUGGCAACAAGGGGGAGGUCCCCAAGGUGCCCCUGACCUUUGAUGACGUGGCUGUAAUUUAUUUCUCUGAAUUAGAGUGGGCCAUCCUGGAGGACUGGCAGAAGGAACUCUACAAGCAUGUGAUGAGGGGCAGCUCUGAGAUGCUCGUUUCCCAGGAUUAUGCCAUCUCCAAACAAGUCAUUCUCACCCAGAUAGAGAGGGGAGAAGAGCCUUGUCCUUCAGGCCCCUGGGGCCAGGAGAAGGGGGCUGAGGAGGAGACAGUAUGCCAAAGGAAACCAAACACUAGUAAGUAUUGGUACAUCCUGAGACUGCUGGGGCAAAGGAUUCCAGCAAGCACCAACACUUUAUCACUUAAAGAGGAGGAAGAAUCUGCAGAGUGGGGAGAGUUGCCACCCUCCCCUCCCACGAUAGCCUGCCUUCUAUGGGGCCAGAAGCAGGCAUUCCUGUGCCCUGACUGUGGGCAGAGCUUCAGCUUGAAGAUUAAUCUGACAAUCCAUUAACGGACCCAUGUAGAAAAAAACCACAGGGAGGCUUGGAGUGGCUUGCCUGUUAGGUUAGAGAAAAGCCACUCCACCGAACUAGGGGAGGUGGUGGUGCCAGGCCCUGUCAUCUACUGGCUACCCGAGGAGCCCACAAGCCACCAGUCCCCAACAAGCCAUGCCUUCUUGGGACAAAGGCCAGCAACUACAGUUUACCACUGUAGCGAGUGCCUUCACUCCUGUCAGCAGCAGAAGAGCCUGGCACUGCUCCAGCAUCAGCGCACAGGCAAGAGGCAGAGCUGGCCUGCCUGUCCCUACUGUGGCAAGGCCUUCCGCUGGCCCUCAGACCUCUUUUGUCACCAGUGUAUCCAUACUGGUGAGCGUCCCUAUCAGUGCCCCCAGUGUGGCAAGGCCUUUAACAGAAGCCACCACCUGACUGCCCACAUGCAGACUCGGGGGAGUCCGGCCCUGCAAGGGCCCAGCUCUGAACAGGACGGGACCUGCACUAUCUCAGGGCCUUCCCUUGUGCCUGACCUGAAAUUGGCCCCUCAGUCUGGGGCGGCUUUGGAGAACAGGAAGGACCUUUCUCCUGCCAAGAGGUAG